AUGAGGAUUUUCUGGCCAUUGGUUGUCCUGGCCUCCGUGGUCGGCUCUGUUGGCGCUCAGACGUCAGCAUCAGCGUCAGCGUCUAAGUUGAAGGCCGUCCUGGCGGCGCUACCGGAGUGCGGGAGAACAUGCCUCACGCAAGGGAUAGUGGUCGUUGGAACAUGCGCACCGACAGACGUAGCCUGCAUAUGCACUAACAAGCCACUGAACACGGAAGUGGAGGCGUGCGUCGCCUCGCAAUGCAGCGUCAAGAAUGCACUCACCACGAAGAACGUCACGCAAACCAGCUGCGGUUUCGAGCCACGAGACCGAACCAAGCACGUAUCCUAUACGGGCAUCAUCGGUAUGGGCAUCGCUUUGAUCGCAAUUGCUCUGCGUCUGGUGGCACGCCUUCCUAUGAUGGGUGGCAAUUUCGGCCUGGAUGAUGUCUUCCUCUUAGUUACAAUGCUCCCAAUGAUCCCGCUCUCCGUGCUAUCGGUAUCUCUCGCCGAAGCCGGCCUCGGGAAAGAUAUGUGGACGGUAUCCUUCAAGAACAUCACGCACAUUCUCUACAUUUACUACUUUGACGAAACCCUUUACUUGGCCUCCCUGUCAUUGAUCAAGAUAUCCAUCUUAUGUUUCUAUCUCCGCAUCUUUCCCGACAAGAGAUUCCGCUGGAUGUGUGCAGUGGUCAUUUUCUGCUGUUUCGCAUACGGCGUCGCCUUUGUCGUAGCCGUCGCACUGCAGUGCAAUCCAAUCAACCUAUCUUGGAAACGGUGGGAUAACGAAUCAGAAGGCCACUGCGUUAACGUCAACGCUCUUGGCUGGGCCAGCGCAACGUUCAACAUCGUGCUCGACAUCGCCGUCAUCACGCUCCCCCUACCUCAACUGAUGAAGCUCGCCCUCUCGGUCCGCAAAAAGAUCCACGUCAUGUUCAUGUUCACAGUGGGGUCCUUCGUCACGGUCGUCAGCAUGCUGCGGCUAAAAUGGAUGAUCCAAUUCGCCAACUCGCAAAACGUCACCUGGGACUACGUGCCGAUCGGAUACUGGUCGACGAUCGAAGUGCACGCGGGCAUCAUCUGCGCCUGCCUGCCCGCCAUCCGCGCCCUGCUGUACAAGCUGUUCCCGCGGGUCAUGGGCCGCGGCUCGGGCGCGCGCAGCUACGGCUACGGCGCCAACACGUCGGGCAACAUCGACACGAACACUAGCAUCGUGCAACGCGUCAGCAAAGCCGAGACCAAGGACUUUAUCCCGCUCGAGGAGAUUGACACGCCGCCCGGGACGGCCGUCGUCACGGCGCCCAAGUCCGGCGUCCAUGUCUCGACGAGGUGCUAUCAUACGUAG